AUUCAUGAGAGCAAAUGUAAACAGCUGACCCUCUCAGAAUUUAGGCCUCUUGAGCUUCUUUCAUGGGGAAAGGAGAGUGGAAGAAAAUGUACAAAGUGAAUUAUAGCUUAAGGCCGCAAUCUUACACUCAUUCACUUACCUGGGAGGAAAAUCAAUUGAACUGAGUUUUACUUCUUAGUAUGCACGUAUAGGGUUGCGCUGUAUAUUGGGUGGGCAGAUGAAAAGAAAAAGACAAAAAACUUACUUCUGAGUAGACACAUAUGGAAUUGCAUUGUUAAGGUGCUUCCAGCUGCUGUAAAAAUACCAAUGAAGAUCAGGCACCCCGAUAUGUGCCUCAACAUCUUGGCUGAAUUGUUUUAAACUGCUACCGCCCAGCUGCUUUGAACUUGCUUCGCUGUUGCAGAAUACUAACUUCAGUUUCUAAGAUGUUUGUGUUAAGCCACUAAUCUUAAAAGGCAAGAUUUCAAGCCUGAACAAUUUGUCCGAUUGCUGUAAUCUUUUGAGAAUUGACAAUCAUGAACAUCAAUGACUUUGUGAUACUCCCUGGCUCAAAAACUGGAGUCUCUGUAAAACUGAAAGCAAAAAGUGUACGAGAGCUGCAGUUGGAGAAGGUUCAGCUGGAACUUGAAAAUAAGGAGAUGGAGAAGAAACUACAGCAACUGCAAUCAAAUAUGAGCAGAGAAAAACAAGAGAGAGAACGAGCAAAUGGAUAUCGCUGGAAAUCGGGCCAAGCUGGACUGGGCAUGCAGCCCCAACUGUUGUUGCAGAACAAAGAAAAUGUUGGAAAGGUUUCUUCAGGCAAAAUAAAACUGAGAGUACUCAAAGAACAAGUUCAAGCUCCAGAGCCAGCUAAACAGCCACUUGCACGUAAAGUCGCCAGUGAUGCAGCUGCUGAGAAGCCGAAAGUUAAGGGAAAGGCAUGUGGGCAGUGUGAGACAAAGGCUGCAUUGCUGGUGUGCUUAGAAUGUGGAGAAGAUUACUGUCCUAGCUGCUUUGCCAGACUGCACCAGAAGGGGGCACUUAAGCUCCACAGAACAACUUCUUUGCAGGCAAAAGCACACAUCCCAGUUGGGAAACUGGAGGCUGCUCAGCAGUUCCUGAAAACAAUAAAUCCCAAGGAAUCCAAUGGCUGGAUAAAUAAUGGACAGAAGAAGGAAAUUAAUAAUAUAUUAGCUGAUACAUUAGACAUUCCUUCACCUUUACCAAAAAUGCCAGCACAUAUUUUUGAGGAAGCUUCUACAGAAUCUUCUACAGAGGUUAGGUCUGAGAGCCAGAGUGGUGGGUCCUUACUGCGUGGUGCAUUUGACGAAGAAAUAUCUGCAAAGUCCUUUCAGGAUGCUCUAAAUCAAUGGAGAAGUGGAAAUUUCUCUCAAAAAUCUAAGGAAGAAUGUUCUUGUCAGGUUGGGUCAGAAAAUACAGGUACUUGUCAGGUGCAGACAAGUCCACCAGUUGUGAAAAAACCUGUUGAAAUUGAAUUCAAAGAAGAUGGCCUGAAUUACAUGGAAAGAUUAUUGAUUAAGAAGCAUAGAAGAACUCCAGUUGAUAAAUUACCAGAUAGUAUUAUAACAGAAGAACUGAAACUUGAAAGAUCAUUGAUAAAUGAAACUCACAAUUCUUGGGUUGGAGAAGAGGAAGAGGCGGAGAAAGAUGACGAUGAUGUAGCAGCUGCUCGUUUUGCAGCUAAAGAGAUGAGAAAAUAUUGGACCAAUGUUUUCAUCCAAGAAGAGCCUGAGGCAGUUCUUGCAAAUGACGAACCCUCUCUGAAGAUCGAGAUCCUUGAAGAUGAUUGCAAAGAGGAGCCAGAAGAGUCUGCUAAAUUUGUGGUGACAGAAGCUGGAUCUGAUGAGCUGAUUGAUUAUAGUGCUCCCAUGUCAGAAAAUCAGAAAACUGAACUUGACAUUUUCUUGGCACAACCUGGCACGAUCAGCACAAGGUCACCGCUUUCUUCUGCGGUUGACAAAGAAAAGUGUUUAACUUUCUUUCAUAAUAAACACGAAGAAAAUCCUAGAGUGUGGAGACUGUGGAACUCUCCCCUCCUUAGAGCAGAGACCGAAGGAGCUGAUGCUGCCUGGGGCCAUUCCAGUGCAGAAGAAAUGGUCCCUCACUCCCCUCGUAAAAGAGCUGUAGCAAAAGGAAAAGACCCUAAGACAAAGAGUAGCUCUCACAUGUCAUCUGAGCUGGCCAAACUGGCUCCGAAUGAACCUUUCCCAGUGGUGUCCCCGGAACUGAAGGAAGCUUUGCCAGUCACUCCCAAGUCUUCAGUGUUGUUACAGGAAGUAGCCCUGAGAGAGAAACCUAUUUGUACCCCAUAUCGAGGACUUGAGAGAUUCUUUACAAUGGAUUCAAGCUGUCAGCAAGUUAUGAUGGAACUGUUUCCUUCACCACGUACAGCCAGGCAGUCUCCAAGCAGUAGCAUUUCAUUUUCAGGGGCUGAGAAGUGGAUGACACAGUUCAGCUUAAGUGAAUGUGCUGAUGAGUCUAUAGUGCAAGACGUCUUGAAAAGAGAGCUUGGCAGACCAACAAGCAGAUUGGGAAGGCAAAGCCCAGGUCCAAGAGCUUCUCAGUUCAUGUUGUCCAUGGAAAAUGCUUCUCCAAGACCCUUUUCUGCAAAUAUUCCCUUUUGCAGAACCAUCACGCCCACACCACGCCCUUCUUCAGUUCUUCAGAUAGGAUCCAAAAGCUCAGUUACCUGGCCUUUAUCUCGAGCAGCUUCUGAAAUUUCAGAAAUUGAAGGCAUUGAUGACACCGAACAUGAUGAUCCAUUCUUGGAGUAUAGUACUGAUCAACAAGCCUUAGCUGAUUUAGAAGAGGAAUUGCAAAGUAAUGCGGAUCCUUGCGAAAAAUUCAGUGGCUUAAACUCUGGAGACUUCAAUAGACAUUCAAAGAUGACAUGUCAAUAUCUUCCUGAUUUCCUUAAUAGCCGUGAAAUAAAAGACUACAGUAAAGGUGAUACUAUAAGAGUUUAUGAUGAAAGUUAUACAGAUGAUGAGGAAGACCAGAGGGACAAGCAGCAGGUGAUAGAACUACACUGAUCAAAAACACACACAGAGGAAUCCGACGUGAUGCACUCUUCUGUUACAAUCCAUAUAAAAUCAUCAGGCUAAGGGGCUUAUCCCCCAAGUAUGACGGAUUAACUGAGCAGAUGAGAACACAAAUCUCAAAUAAAGUGUAUGUUGAUACUGAAAAACAAACAGAAAAAGAGUCUGAGCUUUUUCCUGUUUCAGUAUGCCAGUGAGUUCUCCUUAUAUAUUUAUCAAAGCAUGUAUACCUUGCUCUUUGGCCAGGAAAGCUCCCAGAGUGGCUUACAAAUCCGUAAAAAUAAAAC